AUGCCUUAUUCACAAGAACAAUUGAAUACUUAUAAAGCAGUUACUAUUAUCACUUUAUUAUUAUCAAUUUAUGGUAGUUUAAAGUAUACUGGUGUACCUGAAGGUUCAUUAGCUCAUACUCCGUUUAGUGCUGCAAAUUGGUUAUUGUUUAUAUAUUGGGGAAUUUUAUAUUUAUGGCAAAUUAUAUUUACUAUACAAACUUUCUUCCCUGAUGAAUAUAGAUUAUCAAUUAUUUCAAUUAUUGGUUGGCAUUUCCCAAUUUUCAAUAUUUUAAUUUAUAUCUGGUCUGAAUUAUUCACUAAUGGUCAUUAUUUCUGGAGUUUAAUUUUCCUUAUUUUAAAUUUCUUUAAUUUAUUAGCUUUAUAUUUCAAUCAUAAAACUUUUACAGUUAGACCAAUCCAUAAUUGGUUGUUAAUUCAUAUACCAUUAGUUGCAAUGCCUUUAUCAUGGGUAGUGUUUGCUAUAUUCUGGAAUGGUGCUGUUUUAUUCAAUAUUCAUAAACUAUGGGGUAGAAUUUUAGCCAAUGUUUUCAUUUGGGAAUUUUUAUUAGUUCCUGGAAUUCAUUUAUUAUUAUUUAAUGAUUGGGGUGUUGGAUUUUCAACAUCAUUUUUAAUGUUUGCUUUAGGUUGGGGUCAAUUAGGAACUAAAGUAUUUGCAUUACAAUGGAUUUUUGCAUUUGUUAUAUCUGGUAUUUUGGCUGUUUGGUCUUUUAUUGCUAUGAUUGUAGGUUCUGCGAGACAAUAUACCGGUGAAAAUGCUCCAUUGUUGAUUGUUGAAGAAGGUAAUAAUGGUGGUGUUGAUCCAAGACCAUCAAAUGCAUAA